AUGUUCUUCCUUCUACCCUCUCUUGCGCUUCUUACAGCACUCUUUACUUCUUCUCUAGCGGAAUUUGAUUAUGCCUUUCAUCCAUCGUGUGGGCAGUAUCGUUCAAUCCGUUCUCAUGCCGAGGAAGCUAUAACAGCGGCGACUCUAGCCAUGAGGGUUUUACAAAACUUCGACCAGCUCGACGACGACGACGUCCGUAGAAUAUAUUUUGAGCUAGAUAUCGUCAGAGACACCGGGCGACCUGAUAUGGAGGUUCGAAACGUAUUCAUUCGAGCGUAUGAUGUAGUCAGGAUGUAUGGAGAGAUGCCACCCGAGGACAGCGCGAGGAACUGGCGAAGCGCAGAGCUUCUUAUCUUCUGCGAUGAUGAACGCUGGAUACGGGAGAGCAGAACAAAAUGGCAUGAUACUGUGACUGGUCUGGAUAUAAACACUUGGCCGGAUUGUCAUGAGGAUACAAUUUUCCCUGGACGGGAGACAUAUGUGAUGUACGGGCCGCAUAACAACAAUCGUGCGAGCCGAUCAGCCUCAUGGUGCGGACAGCAAUGGCCCUCAACAGGCUACAAACUCAUCGCCAAAAAAAAAGACAUGCCGCGUACUCAGUCUGUCAUACCACAUGAACCUGGUCGUGAUGGUGGUCUAGUACGGGUUUUUGACUAUGAUAUGGAUCAAUUUGCAAGAUUUGCCCUUCUCAUCCUUGUUUUACAGAAAAACCCUGGGUAUAACCCAAAUCCGUCGUUUUUCGAAUAG